ACUACACAGUCGCUCAACAUGUGCGGCACCGAUUGCUUCCUGAUGUUUCUUUCCUUUCUCUUCCCGCCAAUCGGAGGUGAGUGCCAGGCACCAGCAGCUCCUAGCUGCGCAACGCUCUUCAGUUCGCUGCUAACCGUACAAACAGUCUGGGUCAAGAAGGGCAUCUGCAGUGCUGACUCUAUCAUCAACCUCGCACUCUGCUGCCUCGGCGUCCUCCCUGGCAUGAUUCAUGCCUGGUACGUUAUCCUUAACAACCCGGAGCACACAUACGAACAUGUGCCCGACCACGAGCGCCAAGACGGCUCCCGGAUAGCAACGUACUACUACGUGUCGCAUGGCGGACCAGCACCGCAGGGCGGACAGAUGAACUAUGGCACCGUGGGAAGCCAGCCGAACGCGGGACAGUUUCCGGGACAGCAGACGGGUACCACGAAUGCGUUCCCUCAGCCGAACAAGCAGAAGAACGCACAAACACAGCAGGGUGUCGCGGGUCAGGAGGUCGGCGCUGGAGAGGGCAGUUCUGAGCAGGCGCCUCCCCCAACCUACGCCGAGGUCAUUAAGGGCGAUCACAAAGUGCAGAAGCCGUAGAGAGGUGCGCGGAAGAUCCGCACCAGGGGAAGAAGAGCUGUGAUGAUGGUGUCUCAUUCCCGUGGGGGGCGUUGAGUUAGGACGGGUGUGUACGUGGUUCUGCAUUCUUUUGGCGGCGUUCAUCAUUGAGC